CAGUGACGCGCGCCCCGCGCAGGCGCAAGUCGGUCCCCACCCCCUCCCCGCGGACGGCCGCCUGUUCGGUAUUAUGAUUAGCGCUGGGUGCGGGGAUUCGGCGGCCGGGAGGGAGUUGUCGGCGCCGCGGCCGCUGCGGACGGACGCUCGCCUGCUGGCUAAGAGCCUCCUGAGAUUCUGCUUUGGCACCUCCAGCAUUUGGCCUCUGCUCAGGAGAAAGAAGCACCUAACGAAACACAGUAAUAACAAGGAUUAUUCAGUAUGCAGUUGGCAGGAUGUCCAUGGCGACAUUGAAAAUGAAUUCCUUAUUUUCACCAGAUAUAUGAGAAGAUCCAUUUUAAACAGUCUAAGUAUUUUUUCUUCCGUUGGACCAGCAUGGCAGGAUUCAAGCGAGGGUAUGAUGGGAAGAUUGCUGGAUUGUAUGAUCUGGAUAAAACCUUGGGUCGAGGUCAUUUUGCAGUGGUUAAACUUGCCAGGCAUGUCUUUACAGGUGAAAAAGUGGCAGUAAAAGUUAUUGACAAGACAAAAUUGGACAGUCUAGCCACUGGUCAUCUUUUCCAAGAAGUGAGAUGCAUGAAACUAGUGCAGCAUCCCAACAUUGUACGCCUUUACGAAGUUAUUGACACCCAGACCAAACUAUAUCUUAUUCUAGAACUUGGGGAUGGAGGAGACAUGUUCGAUUACAUAAUGAAGCACGAGGAGGGACUUAAUGAAGACUUGGCCAAGAAGUACUUUGCUCAGAUAGUUCACGCCAUAUCUUAUUGCCAUAAACUCCAUGUGGUUCACAGAGACUUAAAACCCGAGAACGUGGUCUUCUUUGAAAAACAGGGUCUUGUAAAGUUGACAGACUUUGGUUUCAGCAACAAGUUUCAACCAGGGAAGAAGCUCACUACAAGCUGUGGAUCUCUUGCAUAUUCUGCACCAGAAAUUCUGCUUGGUGAUGAGUAUGACGCGCCUGCGGUAGAUAUAUGGAGUCUGGGAGUGAUCCUUUUCAUGUUGGUGUGUGGGCAGCCACCAUUUCAAGAGGCCAAUGACAGUGAAACAUUGACAAUGAUCAUGGAUUGCAAAUAUACAGUACCAUCCCACGUAUCUAAAGGGUGUAAAGACCUGAUCACAAGGAUGCUACAGAGAGAUCCCAAGAGAAGGGCCUCUUUAGAAGAGAUUGAAAACCAUCCUUGGCUUCAGGGAGUGGACCCUUCCCCAGCCACGAAGUAUAACAUCCCCCUCGUGUCAUAUAAAAACCUCUCGGAAGAGGAGCACAACAGCAUCAUUCAGCGCAUGGUGCUCGGGGACAUAGCGGAUCGGGAUGCCAUUGUCGAAGCCCUGGAAACCAACAGGUAUAACCACAUCACAGCCACUUACUUCUUGCUUGCUGAAAGGAUCCUGAGGGAAAAGCAAGAGAAAGAAAUACAGACCAGGUCUGCAAGCCCUAGCAAUAUCAAGGCCCAGUUUAGGCAGUCAUGGCCAACCAAAAUUGACGUGCCCCAGGACCUUGAGGAUGACCUCACGGCCACUCCUUUGUCCCAUGCGACUGUCCCUCAGUCUCCUGCUCGGGCUGCCGACAGUGUCCUCAACGGCCACAGGAGCAAAGGCCUGUGUGACUCAGCUAAGAAAGACGACCUCCCAGAGUUGGCCGGGCCCGCGCUGUCCACAGGGCCACCCGCCAGCCUGAAACCCGCGGCCAGUGGGCGGAAGUGUCUGUUUCGGGUGGAGGAAGACGAAGAGGAAGACGAGGAGGACAAGAAGCCCAUGUCCCUCUCAACACAGGUGGUUCUGCGCCGCAAGCCGUCCGUGACCAACCGCCUGACGUCCAGGAAGAGCGCCCCGGUCCUCAACCAGAUAUUCGAGGAGGGGGAGUCGGAUGACGAGUUCGACAUGGAUGAGAACCUGCCUCCCAAGCUGAGCCGCUUGAAGAUGAACAUUGCUUCCCCGGGGACGGUCCACAAACGCUACCACCGCAGGAAAAGUCAGGGCCGCGGCUCCAGCUGCAGCAGCUCGGAGACCAGCGACGACGACUCGGAGAGCCGCCGGCGGCUGGAUAAAGACAGCGGCUUCACCUACUCCUGGCACCGCCGGGACAGCAGCGAGGGGCCCCCGGGCAGCGAGGGCGACGGCGGCGGCCAGAGCAAGCCGAGCCGCGGCGGCGGGGGCGCGGACAAGGCCAGCCCCAGCGAGCACAGCGCUGGCGGCGGCGGCCCCGCGGGGGGGUCGGGCGGCGCCCCGGGCGGCACGUCAGGCAGUGCCCGCCGCUGCGCCGGCCCCGGCUCCUCCACGUCCACGCAGCUGGCGGCGCGCGGCGCCGGGGAGCUGGUGGAGAGCCUCAAACUCAUGGGCCUCUGCCUCGGCUCCCAGCUGCACGGGAGCGCCAAGUACAUUAUCGACCCGCAGAGCAGCCUGUCGUUCUCCAGCGUGAAGGUCCAGGAGAAGUCCGCCUGGAAGAUGUGCAUCGGCUCCGCAGGCGGUGCGGCGCCCGCCCCAGCCGUGGGCGGCAUGAAGUUCUUCUCCGACCGCGUGGCGAACACCACCGUGGAGUUGGACCGGAUAAAGAGCAAGAAUCUGAAAAACAACGUGCUCCAGCUACCUCUGUGCGAAAAGACCAUCUCUGUGAACAUCCAGCGGAACCCCAAGGAGGGGCUGCUGUGCGCCUCCAGCCAGGCCAGCUGCUGCCACGUCAUCUGACCUCGGUGCGCUUCCUGCUCAGAGCGGCGAAGACCGGCUCACUUCACUGGUCCCUUUUCGGUUUUCCUCUUUUAAAGCGGGCAAUUAUUUAUUACUUUUUCAUUUGUUCGCCUGACGACUUGACAAAUGCAUGGUCUUUGUGCAUGCUGCUAGACACUUUUUUUUUUCCAGCCGAAAAGUCUUGUGUGAUUUUUACAUUUAUAAUUUUAAUGUGGAUGAUCAGGAUUAAAUUAAAAUGUAUAUUUGGAACCUAAUAU